AUGCUGCGGGUGGCAUUGUCACCGCUGCUUUCUCCUGCAGUGGAGACUUCGCGUCUGCUCAUCACUAGCAUUCCUUCAGCGGUCACCGUGCAAUCUCGAGGAAGACGUCGUACUUUAACGCCUGCUCCGUGGUUGCCUCCUGUUUAUGAACGAACCCACGCCGACUACUUGGACGAUUCUAACCGGGCGUUACUGCAGGAGGUGAUAUCUGCUGAGAAGAUUUGCGCUGAGAAUUCAGCAAUGAUGCGUACCCAAGAAAGCGAAGCAAAGAUCGCAGAUAUAGAAUUGCCCACAAGAAGAGUCGGUCUGCUUGCUCGGAAGAUAGGAAUGGCGCCUCAAUGGACAGUUACUGGAGAUCGAAUAUUAUGUACACUUCUUGAGAUUUGUGAGAACCACGUCGUCAGUGUGAUUUCUCCUGAGGAAUGGUAUCGUAGAAGUCUUAUUGGAAAACGGAAAGCAUUCAACAGAGAGGGACCCAUGUGGAAGGUGGGUACAUUUGGGAGUGGACGUACAAUGUGGACCGCGAUUUCUUCAAAUGCUUACAGAAACCAUUUCGUGUCGGGGCUGGUGUCCAGUUCAAAAAAUAUCUUGGCUGCAUUCGCGUCUCCGGAAGAGGCAUUGCCUACUGUAGGCACGAACUGGAUGUCGGCGAGCAUUUCAGCAGUCGGACAGUACGUCACCGCUACAGGGAAAUCGAUUGAUUGGGGAUUCCAGGGUGGGAUGCACAGAUGGGGUAUGAGAGGACAGCCAGCUCGGAAUACGACUAAGUCACAUCGUCGUAUUGGUUCAGUUGGAUCCACCGGUGAUGCUCGUGUUUGGCCAGGCAAAAGAAUGCCUGGUCACAUGGGAUACGAAUGGGUCACUACCAGUGGAUUAGAGGUUCUUCGAAUGAAUAUAGACAAACAAGUAAUUUAUAUAAAAGGCUGCGUUCCCGGUGACAUUGAGAGCAUGUUACUCCUAAAGGAUUGCUUACAACCGGAGAAGAAACUCAAGACAGGACCAGUUCCGACUUGGUUGCCUUCAUUAGAAACCCAAGAGGAGGAAACUGUAGAGCAGGCUGCAUCUUGCCGGCACCGUGAAAUACUAUCCCCCAAAAUGUUCAAUUUUUCAUCGCCUUCUAUCGUCUUCUCGGAAGAUGAUGCAAAGAAAUCUGUUGCAAGAGAUAAGACUAAGGCAAAGAUCGCCAAAGUGAAGAAAUAG